GAAAUAUCCGUCGAGAGCGCUCUUCGCGUUCUUGAAAGCUAUCUCGAGAACCAGGCCGUUAGCAUCAAUGAGUUACUGCGCGAUUUACUCUCUGUACCUCAUCUUCUCGAGUUCGUUGUAUCAGCACAAACUGAUGCUGCUUCAAUUCUGCUCUGGACGCGAAUACUGGGACUCUUUCCUUCAGAUAUGAACGGGUUUCCAUCGUCGGUCGGAAGGCAGCUUCUUGAGGGGUGGUCGCAUCUGCUGUGGGUUUACGGGCACUAUCUCGACUCUCAGGAAAGGCAAGAUAUGGAGGAUGUUCGAGCAAAGGUGUUGCUAGCGAUCCCGGUGCUGGUAGCUCUGUCCUCGGCCUUUCCUGCGAGCGAUUCGCAAUUAACCCAUAGCGACGCGAACAAACGGGCGUAUGCAGGAACUGACAAUGCCGCCCAGCCACUGGUCGAGAAGUCAUUCUAUGACCUCGGUCUUCGGGUCCCUCAUAACAGAAACGAAGCUGUAAAACUUGGCGCACACCUAAUUGAAGAACAGAAAUGUCAUUUGCGGCACUUCUUCAACACCCUCCGGCACCCUCGUCUGGUGGACGAGCUGAGAAAUGCGUACAUUCCGGAACAAUCAUAUGCUAAUCUAUCCACUCAGCAAAGUACACGAUUGAACGCAUCAGCUGACCUUUCGAGCGUUCUGGAGCACAUGCGGCCUUCGGCGCAUUUUGAUGGAGUGGACGGAUUUGGCCCUUGGCGCGUCAUAAUCUUGUCUCGCGCUGAAGGAGACCUUAGAACGGCGCGCAACAAAGUUCCGAAGCUCUUCGAUAUAAUUUCCAGAAAGAUCCGAGAGCUAUCUAACGGCUACUUCACUGAUGACAACCACCGCAGGUUAAAUACAACUCACGAAGGAGUUUCGUUAUACAAAGGGAGACUUACGGGCAAGUUGUGCUAUAUCUACCAGAUAGAUUGCAUUCCUAAGUUGGAUGAGAAUGGCGACGAGCAAGUCAUCAAGCUCUUUGGAAUCUUUACCUUGUCAAAACUGAACAUGUCGCUCUGGAAUGGCGUCAGCCGCGAGCUCGCAAGGAGAGGUACAAAAUACGUAGAACGCUGCAACCGUAGAGAAUGCGAACGUGGCGGUGUCAUUGUUCCUGUCUGCUUCAAUAUCUCUCUUGAAUCGCCCGAUUUCGACCCAUCAAGCAGGUUAAGUACAGGACCAAGUGAACAGUUGGAACAACAGGUGUAUUCGAUGCUAGUCCUGAACACAUAUGUCACUCUCUCUAAGCCAUUGAUGAACAGCAUCUUGGCCGAUCAUGAUGUGGCAAUGUUAUUCGAUCUAUCGAAAGAGGAGCAAAAGAUCACUGAUUGCGCGUCCUCUUGUUACGUAUUGGGCCGCAGCGGAACGGGCAAAACGACGGUGAUUCUGCACAAAAUGCUCGGAAUUGAGCAAGCGUGGGAGCACUGUAGAGGUGCAUUGCCGCGGCCUCGCCAGCUAUUUGUGACGAAAUCGCGCCUCUUGGCUGACAAUGUGGAGAAUGCAUUUCUGCGAAUUUAUGGGUCGCUCUCGGAUCCAGACGACUUCAAUGAGAUCGAUAGCAUCAUGGGAUCACGUCGACACCAAUCUCGCGGUCUAGUGGACAGAGACGAGGAAGCCUAUCGCAGUGGUGAAUUGCCGCAACGUUUCAGCGACCUCACGGAUGAGCAUUUUCCGUUAUUUCUCUCAUAUUCUCAGCUAUGUCGAAUGCUCGAAGCCGAGUAUGAACCACGCGAGCCGCAUAUACGGUUGGGUCUUGAGAAACGAACGGGUACGAUUUCGUACAAGCAAUUUCUUUCUUCCUAUUGGCCGCAUUUUCCUCAACAUCUCACCAAUGGCCUUGACUCGGCUCUUGUUUACAAUGAGAUCAUAGGCGUCAUCGAGGGAUCCGAAGAAACGGCGGUCUCUAGAGGCGGGAAGCCUUUAGAUGAAAAAUUCUACCUUGAAAUGAGUGAUCGGAUAGCCGGCACCUUCUUCCGUCAACGUAGUGUGAUCUAUCAGCUGUACCUUGCUUACUCGAAAUGCAAGCGGGAGCGUGGGGAGUUCGAUGCAGCAGAUAGGUCGCACGAGCUUUUGAGAAACCUCCAGGAACACGGCCUUUCCGGCUUCAAGCUAGACUUCAUCUACGCAGAUGAAGUUCAAGACAACCUAUUGAUCGAUGCGCUCGUGCUCCGAACCAUAUGCAGCAACCCACGCAGUGGUCUGUUGUGGGCAGGCGAUACUGCGCAGACUAUAUCCGAUGGUUGCACUUUUAGAUUUGAGGACCUCAAAGCACUCCUGUACCGUGCCGAACGGCGUCUCAACCCACGGCUUGCUUCAUCUUUGAGGCCUCCGGAUUUACCGCUAACAACAAACCAUCGCUCUCAUGAAGGGAUCGUGAGAUGUGCACGUUUAGUGGUUGAACUGCUCGUAGAACAUUGGCCCGAGUCCAUUGAUCAAUUCAAAAAAAAAGAACGAGGAGAGAAGGAUGGACCGAAGCCUGUAUUCUUGCGUCACUGGAAAGAAUGUACCCUUCACGGUAAUGAUUUACGGAGCCGGACAGUCCUAUUCGGUGCACAACAAUGUGUUUUGGUGCGUAGCGACAGAGCGCGCGAAGAGUUGAAUAAGAGAGCAGGAGAUAUUGGCCUCAUUCUGACACUUCAGGAAUGUAAAGGGUUGGAAUUCAAUGACGUAUUGUUAUAUGAUUUCUUCUCUGACUCGAAUGUCCCACUCUCGGAAUGGCGACUCAUCGUGAAUAACUUACAUCAGAGGACUCUAGGCCAAAGCCUUUGUCGCGAACUCAAGUUCUUAUACGUAGCAAUCACCAGGGCCCGACUGAACAUUUGGAUGGUAGAUGAUUCUGAGAAGGCCAAGCCGAUGCGGGCGUUAUGGAAUGGUGCAAAUGCAAUCCACGAUGGCCCGGUCGAUACAUCUUUUGCAGCUCUCGCCACGCCAUCAGCGCCAUCAGAAUGGGCAAGAACUGCUGAGAAACUCUUCAAUGAGAAACAGUACGAGCGUGCUGCAGAGUGCUACGAGCGAGCGUUGCGUCCUAGAGAAAAAGCGGUCAAGGCGUAUGAAAUAGCAGCCCGGGCAUUCUUGCAGUCCGCAAAGGAGAACACAGAGGAGAAGAGGACCUACUUCAGGAUCUCUGCUGAGUGCUUCAUCGCGAGCGGCUUGAUUGCCGAAGCUGCCAAGACAUACGAGGAGGCAUUCGAGUAUACCCUCUCAGCACAGUACUAUCGGCAAGCAGGCUGGUUCGACGAAGCGGUCAGGGUUGUGAAACAACAUCGCAUGCAGAUUCCGCCGAAGACGGUUGAUGAAAUUGUGGAUGUGGCGCGAAUGUUCUACUUCAUGAGCUGCGACGUCGCUGAAAUUCACAAAGCGACGAAUCUGUUCGAAGCAAAGCAAGAUGGACUGAGAUACAUCGAAGACCUUGGUUUCGGCAUUUCUGCCAGACUCAGCAUUGUUAAGGCAAUCUAUUCGCAAAGAGCAGGUCUAAAAGAGGAAGCGGUGAACUUUCAUCUGUCAGACGGAAACGUUCCCGCCGCUAUGCGGUCAAUCGUUGACUGCAGUCAGAACUUACAAUGGGCAGCUGAGUCCCUACUGCGCUGUCUAUGGCGAAGCUUCUCGCUCGGGACCAAUAUCGCUUCGUCCUCUGUAUCGCUGGAGGACUUUCUUCGACAGCUGUCUAAUAUUUUGAAUCUCACGAAGACAGCUCCCAUCAAAGCGGACACAUACCAAGAGAUGCUUAUAUUCAAGGCCUUGUUGCAAGGGAAUGACGAGCAGCUCCUCCGUGUCGCCCGAGAUGCAAAUAGUCGACGGCCAAAUGAUAUGGCCACGUUGCUUUGCCUGGACUACGUCUUCUCGAAUCCGACGUUCUAUUUGAACGCCGACGCGAAAGCAGCAGUGAUUGCUGACAACCUCCAGUUAUUCCUCGCGUUAUUGGAAGCUUUGCGAUCCCUCGCAUUUCGCGCAAACCUGCCCAGAGAAAGCGACAUCCAAACGUUGAUGCAGUUCGAGCCUGUCACAGGAACAUCAUAUCUAAUUCGACCCAAGACGCUGCUGUAUGACCAUUGCAAGGAUACUCAAAGAUUCUCGCACUAUCUCGAGGAGCGUGGAUAUGUGGUACCUGAAUGGCAUAUGGAUAAGCUGCUUCAAAAAGUCCUGCGACAUCACAUAAUCGAGAGAAUCAAUCAGGAGAAUCGGGCCUUUCGUCAAGCAAUCGCCUUGACCAGAACUGCAGCGACGAACGACAUUCUAGUGCCCCCACGUGAUGAAAGUGACUACUAUCUCCAAAUUCGUAUCCAUCUUCAGCAAAUCCUUGUCUAUCAUCAUAGCUAUGGACUGCAGACGCGACGUGAACGUAUAGACCAAGAAAGUUAUUGGCUACAGCGGUUCUUUGAUGAUCUACAUCCAGUUGACAUCAGCUUUGGUUCUGCUCUUCGUGCUCUGCGUACAUCCGCCGUACCGGAGCUCGAGAAGGGCAUCACUGUCAUCAAAUACUGGGUUCAAGAUCUCCUUUAUGAGAGGACGUUCACACGAGACAUCUUGCGCCCUAUACUAGGCUUCCUGUCAAUGGGACUUGCAUCCAGCAGGGCACUUUGUGACUUUCUUCGAUGGGAUUUUGUUUCAGCUGUGCCUAGACGACGUAAUGAGCUAACUCGACCUGCCGAUGGAGUCCAAGUAGUAGAAGAAUUGCUGAGCUUCAUGCGAAACGAUAACCGGUUGUCAUUACUAAGGGGUGUCUUUUUCGUGCGUUAUAUACUCGAGCAUAACAUUAUCAUAGACAUAACUUUGCUCUGCGACUUGUUGGAUGAUAUCUGCGGCUGGCUCGUCGUCGCGCGGUGCUACGAAGAGCAGUCAAGUCUCCAUGAUGUUAUUCUCCCGCUAGAUUGGCUUGUGCGAUCUGCGAAACGGCUACGAUGUAUCCAUACUAGCGAUACUGUCACGAGCUUGCUGCCAAUCUAUUUUGAGCCGUUGGCAGACCUAUUGGAACAACUGUAUACCGGAGGAUGCGCAGGUCACAUACGUUACCAAGGUCAGAGUGUUACAAAGCCUGGGAACAACUUCAAGCAUAUCGCGCACAGAUUCAUUGCUCGGAUUUGCAAGAAUCUACACUUCCUUGGAUUGAAUCUGCAAUAUCGAUGGUUGAAGGAUGAUCUACUAGCCACAAUGGGUUCAAUCGGGAAGGCAGGCCGAAACUUUCCUCAGCUAUAUGCACAAUACGUCACUGUCGACCGAUGGGAUGAUCUGACAUCGGUGCCAAGCCUCGUUCCUGAAUUCUCUGGACAAAUGAUUCAGCUCCAUGACAAACGUAUAUCAUCAUGCACGUCUAUCCCAGUCUCGACGGUUCGACACGUAUGGUACAGCACUCUCGAGGAAAUCCCACAAGUUGUGCAAGCAAUGUCUCCUGCUCCACAAUUCUCCAUGCUUGAUGCAGGGUUCGCUCCGGAUACAUUGCAACACAGGCUCGCGACCGCACGAGAGACCGAUUUUAUCCCGCCCGAGACCAAUGCAGCUAGGAAAGCGGCUAGUGUUCUCCUGCAUGCGUACCGCAUUUCGCGCCACGUUUUCCCAACUGGCCUGGUGGCAGCUAUGAGGCAACACUUCUUCUUAGCAUGUCGUGAAGAAGCCAAUAAGAUAUCGUGGCCAUGCAGGCAUCAUCGACUACUUUUUCUAGGAGCAGUCCCACACAUAUUGGUCUGCCUCGAACUAUUGGCUGAAGAUGCACGUUCAACAGUCAGGAAGGUGCUAGAUCGCAUGAGGAUUGAUUAUCACAAGGACUUGGAGGCUCGGGUACACGAAGCACGGGAAGCAAAGGGAAUGCUCGACAAAGUGAUGGCAUUGCAGCAGAGCUUGGGAGUCAAGUCGAAAGUCCAUAAAACGCGUAAUCUGCAGGUUCUGCUAGCUCAGGUGCGGGAGGUGGAGGUUCUCGUGCGCAAACAGUCACUCGCUCAAGGUGACAUGCGACUUGCUGUGAGAGGGGUCGAGAGGAUGAUUGAGAGAACUCGGCUGAACAGAAUUCGGCGUUUGAAGCCAGCCGCAUGCCGCGUCUGCGAUUACCAGCAGCCUGAGUAGAGCAUAUCCGUUCAUCGUCAACGUUAGUACGUACUUCUUGCUUGUUGUACAUGUGUUGUGAUCAGCUCGCAAAGAAUUGCUCGUUCCUUGCCUGAAGUUCCUGCAAUGGCGGUACUUUACAAUUCACAAGCAAUCAUCGUACAAC